UAGUGUUUUAGACGUCUCCGAUGUGAAAGCCACAGCCUGGAUCCAGCUGUUUGUUUAUUGAUAGUUGUUGUCGCGGCUAGCCAGCAGAGUGGCUAACGAACAACUGGGUUUGUUUAGUCCCCGGUUUCGUUUUCUGUAGAGUGUAUUUGUGUGACCAAAGUGUGUUUUGUAGUGUUACCCAGUAUAUAAAUGUAGCUACACACACAGCCACUUCAUUUAACCAUCAUUUGACUUGAUUUAAUCGACCCAACAUUAGCAGAAUGUGUAUCUUACAGGCUGCUAUUGAUGUUUUUAAGUGUUCAACAACCUUUGACCCCGUUAUCGUCGUCUUUUUUCGACGUUUGUGGUUCAUACGUGAUGCCGUUUUUGCUGAAUGUGGCUGAUUUUGAUGAUGAAGCGUUGAACGCGUCGUUUGUUCGCAUAUAUGGCAGAAUAUGUGGCCAGAUGGAGUCCUUACACGAGGCUUCUCGGGAUGGACCACUGAAGGCAACUUCACCUCUUUGUGUCCUAAUGGGACAAAAUGGGUAUGGGAAGGCCUUGGGGAGUGUGCCCAGGAUGCGAGGGAUAUGGCCAGUGUCUACCUGGGCCUCCUGUCCAUUGUCUGCUUCAUGGUGUCUUCAAUGCCACAGUACUAUAAGUCAUGCAAAACAGGGAAUAUGGACAGCGCGAUCUCUAUCUGGUUUGUGUUGCUGUGGUUGGGAGGUGACUCCUGCAAUCUGGUGGGCUCCUUCUUGGCAGAACAGCUCCCACUUCAGACGUACACAGCGGUUUAUUAUGUUCUGGCAGACCUAGUGAUGCUGAGCAUGUUCUUAUAUUACAAGCUAAGGAAAAGAACGGCUGAAAGCAGGAUGGUUUUAUAUAUGGCUGGUAUAACCUGCAUCCUGGGCUUCACAAGCCUCACCCACCUACCCGGUUUAGGCAUCCAACAGGAAACUCUUCCAACUGGCUUCAGAAGUCGUGCCUUGCUCUCAGUGUCAGAUGUUGGUUCAGACAAGACGUUUAGCUCUAAAAAGAUAAUUGGCUUUGCCAUCGGUUCAGUUUCAUCAGUGCUCUACCUCUGUUCCAGACUCCCCCAGAUGUACACUAAUUUCAAGAGGAAAUCAACAGAAGGAGUCUCUUACUUCCUCUUUGCACUGGUCAUCCUGGGAAACACCACAUAUGGCCUGAGUAUCCUAUUGAAGAACCCCAAAGAAGGCCAGAGUGAAAGCAGUUACCUGAUUGAUCACUUGCCUUGGCUCAUUGGCAGUCUUGGUACCCUCUCCUUUGACCUCAUUAUUACCAUCCAGUUCAUCAUUUACCGCAGAGCUCCGUUGCAGGUGGACAGUGCUGAGGCAGCACCUCUGCUCAGGAGCUAAGUUACACCGAGCGUGCUGGUGGGCCACGCACGCUUCCAGGGAACCCUCAAAAUCACAUUUCCAACACAGAAUCAGAAUGAAAAAUUGUACAUUUAAGUGUUUUUUUUUUAAAUUAUAGACAUCUUAAAAUGUUUACUGUGAUUUUAUCUGAAUAGUGCAGUAACAGGUUAGGUUCUUCACUCACACUAAUGCGACCCACUGCUCUCAUUGUUAGCGAGGGUCGAUUGAGGGUUUCAGGUUUUUGACAUGGAAGGAAACUCCUCCUGGUAUUAGGUCACAGCUACAGUCAGAUGGUAGACCUCCAUAGAUAUCCGAAACCUGCUGGUGGAGGUGGACAGACCACACAGCAGUUUCUCUAAAAUUAUUCUGGCAUUCUUGAAAUUGUUAAACGCGUGACAGUUAAGCCGUAUCUCACUGCGUGAUCUUGUUUACAGUGUUUCAGAAUACCUCCUCUAACUUGAAUCUUUUGUUUUUCUGGCUCUUGAGGUUUUAAAUUCAGUGGUGUGUGUGUGAUCAGAAAAGGAAAAAACAUCAAGUGUAAAUUAUAUUUACUCAAUAAUUAUUGAUGUUUAUGUGCCAGUAUAAAAAAUAAAAAAAACUUUUAGGUAGCUUAUCAAUUGUAAUCCUAUAGUUUCAUUAUUUGCAGUGGUGAUAAUAUUUUCUGUAAUUUACACAUUUUGAUUUCAUUAGUUUUUGCACAUUUUGACACAAACAUUUGUAUUUUAAGAA